AGAUUCCACACAAUAUGCACCAAAACCAAAACCAAAACCACUAUAGCCAGCUGUGUAUUUUGAAGCCUAGUGAUUCAACUGGAUCAGGGUGUAGUAAUAACUAAUCAAUUCUUGUUGUAAUACUUUUCACCUACCCUUAACUCUUUUUACUAUAAAUAGCCCCACUCAGUACCUCACUCUGUAGUGUGUGCCAUUCUCAUCAAUUAUUACAUACCCUCUUCAUCACACUAUACUUCUUCUUCUCCCUCUCGUUGUUCCACACUGUGAAACCAAGAUGAAGCUAUCAUUUUCUGCUAUGCUGCUUCUGUGCCUUCUCCUCAGUUCCUCCUUCUUCUUCGAACUGUCAUCUGCAGGUUCUGGUUUCUGUGCCUCAAAGUGCGCGCAGAGGUGCUCAAAGGCAGGGAUGAAGGACAGGUGCAUGAAGUUCUGUGGAAUCUGCUGCAGCAAGUGCAAGUGUGUGCCCUCUGGGACUUAUGGCAACAAGCACGAGUGCCCUUGUUACAGGGACCUUAAGAACUCUAAGGGCAAGGGAAAGUGCCCUUAAUUUAUGUGUUUACCAUGCAUCAACCUUCAAACCUUUUACACUGUGCAUGUAUCUCCAUCUUAUGAGAUAUUCGUACACCAUGGACCCUUCUUAGUUUACUAGGUUUUGGUUCUUUGUGUGUUUGUGUAUUAUAAUAUACAGAAAGAGUUGAAUGGGGUGUGUGUGUGUGCACUGUGAGAGUGGGAAUAAAAGGGUCCUCUUUGUGGUUAAGUCAAUUUUGUCUGUCUCAAUAAAAGUGAAUUCUCGUUAUUGUAUUUGUUUGUAAAUUUUGAAAAUUCUCACCUUCUAAUCGGUGAGAAGUGAUUUUUUCAUUA